UGGUAAAUGUAAAUAAAAACACAUGCUUGUGUUAUUCGAAUUCGAAUAUUUGGAAUUCAUCAUUUAUUCGUUUUUAGUUAAAAGGAGUAUCAGAAUCGGGCAAAAAGCGCAAAAUGGAAAUUAUGAACGACGAAAAACCUCGUAUAAUAUUAACAGAACACAAAGUCGUUAACAAUUUUCCAACAGGUCCUACGGUCUUCGACGAGCACUUCGAAGUUAAAAAAUUCAAAAAGAAGUUGCAAAUAGUGAUAGUGCGCCACGACCAUUUGGAAAUGGAGUUUGACUUGAUCGGAAUUCAUCCAUUUUUGGCAAACACUUUCCGAAGACUGAUGCUGAGCGAUGUGCCGACCAUGGCAAUAGAUCAAGUGCAUAUUUUGAAUAACACUUCUAUUAUACAAGACGAAGUUUUGGCGCACCGAUUGGGACUUAUUCCUAUCAGGGCAGACCCUAGGUUGUUCGAGAAUAAAGCUGAUGCAGGAGGACCCGUACAGGAAAAAGAAACUUUAGAAUUCGAAUUAAAAAUUAAAUGUAACAAGGAUUCAAGCAAAAAAGAUUCAUCUAGAGCAGAAGAUAUGUACAAAAAUUCAAAUGUUUAUUCAAAACACAUAAAAUGGGUUCCUAUCGGCAACCAAAAAUCCAAAUUCAAAGAAUCCGAUGUGGGCCCUAUCCAUCCAGACAUAUUAAUCGCUAAAAUGAGGCCUGGACAUGAAAUGGACCUCAAAUUGUUUGCUUCCAAAAGUAACGGGAAAGAUCAUGCUAAAUUUUCACCAGUUGCUACUGCUUUCUAUAGGCUGCUUCCAGAAAUAAAAAUAGUAAAACAAGUAGAAGGAGAGGCAGCUUACAGAUUGCAAAAAUGCUUUUCUCCAGGUGUCAUUAGUGUCCGAACUGAAGGGGAUAAGAAAUAUGCUGUUGUAAAUAAAAAUCAUGCCAGAUAUGAUACGAGUAGUAGAAAUGUUUUUAGAUAUGAGGAUUUAAAGGAUACUGUUGUAAUGUCUAAGGUCCAAGAUCAUUUUAUAUUUACUAUUGAAUCAGUCGGAGCUUUACCACCUGAGGCUAUAUUUAAGGAAGCUAUUAAUAUUUUGAAGGAUAAAUGUUUUUCACUUUUAACUGAACUUAAUUCGUGAAAGGUAGGAUUAGUUUAAUAAAACAUUUAUUAUACACUUCAAGAGUUUCAUUGCAGCGAUUUUUGCUAUAAGAUUGUUGGGUUUUGGAAUAAUUUGCCGAAGUUAGUUCAGAAAUAUUUGUUUCAUAAAAAGAAUUAUUGAGCGAAUGACUUCUUUGGGAAGUAAUAAUGAAAUCAGCUAGUGAAAUAAACACACAUAAAUUUAUAUGAAAAUAAUUUAAUAUU